CGUUCAUUAGCAUUUUGGAUAUUACCCUCCGGGAGCCAGCUCCGCCUCCCGUGCUUUGAUUGGACACACUGUUACUGGAGCUGUCAGCUCGGCUCUGGGAAGGUUUCCUCUCCCAGUCCGGUGUCUCGAGCUCGAGACGGACCGACUGCAGCUCGCGACGGGCUCUGCACGCCUUUGUUAGCGAGGCACUGAGGGAAGACCGAGACGCAUCCAUGCAGUAGCGCACUUUUUUGUGGAAAAUGAUCAUCUGUACGAAUAAAAUGGAGUACCCCCUGAGAACCCAGUGCCAGCGAGCCCACAAACAGGUGAUGGUGAAUGGUGAGAACGAGCGAGUGUCGCUGCUGUUCAUGAAGGCUCUGGUCAGCAGGGGGAGCGUGGACGCCGUGUCCCAGCAGAUGGCCUCUCACCCUCAAUACUUGGAGAGCUUCCUGCGGACACAGCACUAUAUCCUGCACAUGGACGGCCCCCUGCCGCUGCCGUACCGCCAUUACAUCGCCAUUAUGGCUGCGGCACGACAUCACUGCAACUACUUGGUGUACCUGCACUCAGCCCAGUUUCUGAGGGUGGGCGGGGACCCUCUGUGGCUGCAGGGUUUGGAGGCGGCGCCCCCUCGCCUUCGUCUCCUUGACCACAUCAACAAAGUGCUGGCCCACCAACCCUGGCUCACUGCCUGCUCACACAUCCAGACGCUGCUGAAGUCGGGCGAGCAGUGCUGGUCGCUGGCUGAGCUGGUGCAGGCUGUGGUGAUCCUGGCCCACUGCCACUCCCUCUGCAGCUUUGUGUUUGGAUGCGACACAGACUCUGACUUUGUUCCUCUCUCCAAAUCUACCAACGGUUUCCCGCCGACCUUCUGGCCCUUUGAUGCUGCCAACGGCAACACCAAUGUGCCUCAGUCGCUCGCCACUCCCUCAGAACACAUAACACGAAGAAGGUCUCUGGACUCCAGUUGUGAUAUGGUGUGUCUAAAGGAGAGGAUUCAGAAGUCCCAGGAAGAGCGCGAGAAGAGAGAGCGUCUGCUACAGACACAAACACUCCAGCAAACAGACAUCGAAGAAGAAGAGGAGAUGAUGUGCUUCACAGACUCGACGCAUUUUAUCACAGACCCUGACUUGUGCUAUCAGGAGUUUGCUCGUAGAGAGCAGGACCACUUUCAAGUAUUUAGAGUUCAGGACUAUUCAUGGGAGGACCACGGCUUCUCCUUAGUCAACAGAUUGUAUUCGGACAUCGGGCACCUCUUGGACGACCGAUUCAGGAGUGUGACUACUCUCCCCUCGAUGCACAGCCCCGACCUGAAGAGGGCGAUUUGGAAUUACAUCCAUUGUGUGUUAGGAAUACGGUAUGAUGAUUAUGACUACGGAGAAGUGAAUCGGUUGCUGGAGCGGGAUUUUAAGCUCUACAUCAAAGCUGUGGCUUGUUUUCCGGAUGCCACCAAAACUCCAGUGUGUCCGCUGAGUUUGGCUCCCCUUAAACCUUCGGAGCGGAUACACGUUAAUUUACUAAUCAUGGAGGCCCGGCUGCAGGCUGAGCUGCUAUACGCUCUGAGAGCCAUCACUCAGUACAUGAUUGCCUAAGUGCUCGGAGAGGCACAAAGCUAAAACUCUCCGCCGGUACAGAGAGACCCAGAGACGCGAGGAUGAAGAAAUCUAAACCGCAGACGGUGAAGUGGGACGAGAGCGGCACAUUUGAGGACACAGAGUUCCAUCAUUUAGAAGCUGUGCCUCCAUGAAUGUGCUUUUCUUUUUCUCAGAUUCAAUGUAUUUAUACCAUAGUGUGCCAUGCCCCCCUCCUCCUGCAGAUUCUUCUGUUCUCUUAUCGAACAUCUCGGCUCUUCAACGUUAUGUGCAAUUAUUAGAGUUGUUUAAAUUUGUACAUGUUGUUUUGUGUUACUCAGUCUGUGAGAAACAGCUUGGCUGUAGCAGUGUGUUACUGGCAGUGGUCAAUACUCUCGUUAGUUUCAUCCAUCUCCUUUGUAUUAACUAUGCUUUCCCCCCCCAAAAAUAUCUUUUUGUACAAGUUGAAUGUUGGUGGGAGACCAGGGCCUCGGUUAUGUUUUGGACAAUCCUUGUCAGUGUUGGAGGAGGUCUUUAAGUGGACCGUGACGGACGACAGUUUCACUCUCCCUAACAUUUCGUAUUAAUGCUGGUCAAGAACAAACGCAUCAGUUACACUGCUGGAAGUUAUCACAUCACUAUAGUUUCUUUUAAUAAGCACUUUUUUAAACUUUAUAUAUUUAUAAUGCAAGGUAGCUCAUUAGUAGACAUUGAGACGCACAGUGUGUGGGUCUGACGCCUUCUCCACUGUAUGACGUGUAACGAAGAUUUUUAGACUGUUUAUCCUCCAACUUUCGGACUUUGCUUUUGUUCUCAAGGUAAUGAUGUUUUCUAAACAACAUAUUCACACCUCAUAAAUACAUUUGUAAAGUAUAAGUACAAGUCAGUGAGCUGUUUCCUACAGUGAAGAUUAAGCUGAGCCAUUUGCUUAAUGAUUUGUGUGCUUUUAGUAUGGAUGUGCUUUAAAAGAGAUCAAAUCAGAGACUGAAUUACAGUCUCAAGGUCAUUAAAGACGCUACAGUAAAGUGAUGAAUUGGAUCGAUGAGAAGUGCCCAGUUGACCUGCACUGGUCAUGAGUAGAGAUGAUUAUCAAGUCAAAAUCCACGGUACAUUUGGCGAAGCAGAACAAUGUGCAAACUAGUUGUUAAAACACUUGUAUCUUUUUUUUCUGUCUGUUUUUAAUUUGUUAUAGUUUUUGUAAACUAUGGAGUACUUCUUUGUUUUGUUUCUGGGUGUGACGGUAGGACCUGCUUGUUGUGCUGCAUUCUGGGUAGAUUUAGAGGCGUGACUGACUGUUUAGAGUUAGUAACUGCAGUAUGUAGAAAAGAAACAAGCGCAUAUCGAGCAUAUAAAGCAAAUGCGCUGUUAACACAGGUGCCUUCAGGCUAAAACUGGAGUGCUGCUGAAGUGGAGGGAUGUGAUUCUUGGAGGUUGAAUGUGAGCUUGGUGGAAACGCACCCAACUGACCAGUUGGAAACUUGUGGCUUUUCCCGCAUGAAAGGGAGCUAUUUUUCUUGGUUUUGGUCAGCAUUGUUUCUGAUAAAUAUUAUGGCUGUGAACACCCGUGUUUUCGAUCAGACACCUUUUACAAUCCCCAGCAAUUCAGCGAAGAGCCUUUGACGCAGAUGGAUGUUAAAAUGUUAAACUUGAGCAGAUUUUUUUUUAAAUGAUCUAUUAAAAAAAAAAAAGAAAAAAAAAGUGAAAAGGCCAAAAAAAUGUUUUUUGAAAAUGUGAAGAAAUGUUUUCUAUAAAGACGCUCUAUGAAAAUAA